AUGGCACCAAAGGUUAUUAGAGAAGAUUUAGUCGUACCAUACAAGCAUGUACCAGCGAAGGCUCGUUCUGAAGCUUCUGGAAUGGUAGCACAAUCAUUGCCAAUGGCAGCAAUGUUUAUGAAAAAUAAAUUGUUAUCGUGGACGUCAUUAUUUUUGGCUAUACAGUCGUACUUAAACGAUCCUAUUAAUAAACAGGAAGAUUCAGAAAGUCAACAACAACCACCACUUUUAAAGAUUCUUUUCGCUAUUAUUGCUGUUUGUACAUGUUACAUUGAUUUGAUCUUUCCUAAGUCCGGUCCAGCUUCAAAGGUAGAAAGCUUAGCCCAAACAGCGAGUGCAACUGCGUCGGCCGUGAUCUCUUCUGCUACUGGUAGUAACUAA